CUGCAGAAAUAGGCGACGGAAGCAAAACCAUAAGAUAGAGAGUGGCGAAGCAGAGGAAAAGGAAAAGAGAGAGAGAGAGAGAAAGCACACGGAGUGGAGGAGGAGGUGGAAGAGAUCUGGCGGAAAAAUUCCUGCUUUUUUGGGUUCUGAAGGAUUCCGGCGAGCUUACGCGAUCUGGUCCGUGGGACGGGACCGGUAUCGGGAACCAUUUGGGCGGUGAACGGCGUCGGUUGGAUUUUAUGGGAGAUCUGGCGGAGGGGAUGAGGAGAAGCUGGUGAUCUAAUUGGAUGACAGGGAGAGAUGGAGAGAAAUCGUGAAGCUCGGAGAGGGACCAUUCCGGCGGCGGCGGCCAACGGCGUCAGCGUCGGCGUCGGCGGAGGAGGGUUGUCCAGGAGGAGGCAGAGGAACAACAGCGGCUUCAGAGACUCUCCUGAGAAGGAUGGAAGGAUGGAGAUGCCGGAGACGUCAAGGCUGCGGGAUCGAGGGGUGAAGAAAGACCGGGAUCGGGACAGAUCUGGCCGGAGCAAGAGGAGGAGAGGGGACAGGUUGCUCCACGGGAGCAACAGAGAUAGAGAUGACGCCGAGGAAAGCUCCGAGGAGAGCAUCGACCAAGAUGAGGACGAUGAAGACGAGGACCUGUCCGUCCCCGUCCGGCUACCACCGUCCUCGCCCCCUCUUCUAAAUCCUUUGGCGGCUUCGUCGCCACAGCAGAACAACCAUCACCACCAACACCAGCAGCAGUCGCGGAAGACGUUUCCGCCUAAAGUCGUGAAGUGGAAGGCAGAUGAGAUGAUCGGUUUCACGGUACCGAGAAAAGCUCGUUCAGCAGCUACAAAAAGGACACAUGAAAUGGCUCCAGUUUUAGGAGCUGGAGGUGGCGGCGGAGGCGGAGAGCAGAUCACCCAGCAAACAUCCAUUUCUCCGUCGAGGCUGAGCCCCGCUUCCACCUCCCAACUCUCACCGUCUUCUUCCAAUGGCUCCCUUCGGAAAAAGAUGAAGCCGAUCAGCGGAGCCAAGCACCGGCCGCCAAAGAUAUCCAAAUCGGCAUCUUUGAGCCAAGAUGAGAUCGAGAUCGAGGUCGCCGAGGUUCUGUACGGGAUGACGAGGCAAUUCGAGUCUCUUCCGGAGCAGGACAGCCACAAGCUGGAGGCACGGGAUGUGGAUGGCGGGUCGGGCAAUGAAACUAAAUCGAGAGUGUCAUCACCAAGCUCAAUGUCGCCAUCUCCGGCAGCACUUCCGUCAUCCAAUUUACAUUCUAUUCCUACUCCGUUGCCUACUAUUGCUCCGAAGAGAAAAAGGCCGAGACCUGUGAAGUUUGACGAAGAAGGCCCCACAAGUCCAGUGCCUUCCAUUGCCAAAGUGGAUUCAGAUAACCAGAUUAAAACAGAGGCUUCAUCGCCAAGAUUGGAGAAGAAUGUUGCAUUUAAUUCCCUAAAAAAUGGCGGUGGGUCCAUUGAUGUUUUGGCCUCUCAGGAUGGGUUAUCCGUUGUACAACAGCAGGAGUCAGCAAAGAAGGAGAAGAAUAAGAUUCAGGAUUUGCAUCCAUUGACAACAGUCUCAAACAUUGGGGACAAAAUGGAAAACAAGCAAGAGCUCGUUGCACCUGUUAAAGGAUCUGCUCGGACUGACUUGGAUGCUACAAAGAUAUCCUUGGAUAACCUGAAGGAGAAGUUGAAGAUUGAUCUGAUGGCACCUCCUCCAGGAAAGCUGUCUCCAGAGAGGGAUGACUUUGAGCCAGAACAAAAGCCACAGGGCACAAACGUUGAAAUGGGAUCAAAAGUGAACAAGGAUAAGGCAGAGGCAAAGCCUGCAGAGAGUACAUUGAUGAGAGAUGAACGACAGAUUGAGAAGUCUGCUCAGAAAGAUAUUGAUCUGAAGAAGCAAGUAGUAAUCACACAGAAUCUUGACCUUCAAGUUGAUUUGGGAAAGCCGAAGAAAGAUGAUAGUGGCUUUGACAAAGUGCAAAUCCACAGGCAGCAAGUGAAAGAUUCUAAAGUAGAGCCUAAACAAGAGAAGUCUGCAUCGGCAUCCUCGCUCCAUAUGCCAUUGACUGUUGGAACUUGGCCAGGGGUUUUUCCUCCCUUUGGGUACAUGGGUCAAGUUCCAUCUGUGCAAGCUGUUGUUGCUACUGAUAGAAAUGCAGAUCCUUCGGGUUCCUUGCAGCCACCAGCCUUUCUUCAAAUGCAUCCCCGACCAAAGCGCUGUGCUAGGCAUUGCUAUGUCGCACAGAUGAUAUCCAACCACCAGAAGUUUGCACGGAUGAAUUGUUUCUGGACUGCUGCAGCUGGAGCUACACCUUUGUACGGGGCCAAGCCAUAUAAUCCUAAUAUGGUUCCACCUUCAGAUGCUGCUAUCCCUAUAAAUCCCAUGCAGGGAAGCUUUCCAGGGGCUAACAUGGGUGCAUUGCAAGAUACCAAGGGGACACCAGAGUUAACAUCAUAUAUGGGUAAUAUCACACAGGAGAAAAUGCAAAUCAUGGAUACUGCCCAGAGAAAGCCACUAAUUCUCCAGCAGAUGCCUCAGUCUGGAUCAGCAAACAACACUCCGCAUGGGCCUGCAUUCGUUUUCCCUGUCAACCAGCAGCAGGCCACAGCUGCUUCCAGUAGGCCUGGGACAGCAAAAGCUUCUGUGGGCUCUGGUGCUGAGGUGCGGGCAUCUGGUGCCUUGAAUUCUGCUGUGGGGAGCUGCGGGGGUGGUGGGUCGGUGAAUCCAGUGAACAUGAGCUUUGCUAGUUUGCCUCCUAAUGAAGCUCAGUACCUGGCUUUUCUUCAGAACAAUGUGUAUCCUUUUCCUAUUCCUGCCCAUAUUACAGGGGCUCCAUCAUUUCGAGGAACAAGUAAUCCUCAAGCAAUGCCCUUCUUCUACCCUCCUCACAUGCUUCACCCAUCACAAAUACGACCGCAGCAGCAGCAGCAACCAGCAGGGCCACUACCUCAUGUUCAACAGAGUCACCAGAGUCCAAUCACUUUGAGCGGGCCUUCCUUGCAGAAACAUCUGCAGCAAUUACACCACAUUGGGGGAGGUGGUUCUGGUGCUGCUGGUGCAAGUUCUAAUGGUUUUCCAGCCAUUAAUCAGCAACAGGGCCUCCUGUCUCAGCAUGCUCGUCCCAAGGAGUGCAAUAAGGACAUGGAAGAUAACCUUCCCACUGCUAAUGCUGCUAGAAAAAUGUGCAAUAAUGGGGUUCAUCGUGAUAAGCAGCCAAUUAAUCAUCAGGCACAACAAAAGCAGAACAUGAUGGUAGAGCUUACACCACCUCAAGCUUUUACAAUACCCUUUGCAUCCUUUGGUGGGUCUGGAACUGCAAUACCAGGUCUCGACUUCUCUUCCGUGGCACAAAAUCAUGCCAUUACAUAUAGCCUCCCAGAAAUGUCUAAACAUGGCUACCACCAGAUUGGCACAGCUGCAGUUGCUGCAGCUGCUCAAGCGACAGAACAGAAGGUCCACCAAAUGUCAGAAGAUGGGAAAUCUGUUGCCAGGGAGUUGAUGAACACAAAUGUGAGUGGUGAAGAAGGUAGAAAGAUUAUGACUGUAAGCAAAGGUCCACAGCAUUCUCUUUCAUUUGCAAAAGGAGAUGGUGAAUCUUCCAUCUCAUCUGUUCUCAAUAACAGCAUCAUUGAUAUCUCUUCCCGGUCAGUAAACCCCAUUCAAUCUCCUGCAAAUGGCAGUAGAUCUGCUGACCGUUCUGCUGGCACGGCUACAACUACAACUCUUGUUCCCAACUCCCAACCACAGCAACAACAUCUAAUUCAUCUUCAGCAGCAACCGCUGCAGAUGCAGCACCAUCCUGUAUCAUCUCGUUCAAAGCCCUCAGCCUCAAGCAACAAUACUAAUAUCCAUCCUGAGAGUCUGCCGGGAGGUUCUACCAUUGCUAAGUUCCCUCAUGCUCUAACUGGCUUUUCUCAGGCUCUUGGACAAGGUGGCAGCCCGAUCCAGUGGCCUCAGGGCAAGACAUCUGCUGGAAGAGGUGUGGAUCCUUCUGCAGUCACACCUAGUCAGGUGAUGAUGAACAAUGUUCUCCAACUGCAAGGCAGAACGACCCAACAGCCGUUUCCCGCCCAAAGCCACCAAACCCAGAUUUCAUUUGGCAUGAAUUCAAAUAAAGUGGUACCUCCAGGGGGUCAACAUCUCUCUGGAGCUUGUGGAAGUCCAUCUCCAUCAUCUGCCACUAUUGCUGUUGGAUCGCCCUCAAGUUCAGUCUCCAAGAGUGCUGGUGGGAGUCCAAGUGCAUCUGCAAGCAUAAAACCCAGUCCUCAAACCUCUGCAGUUUUGCUUCAUCAACAAUCAAGUGUAAAGCAAUCGGCAUCAAGCUCUAGCUCAAAAUCAAUAACUAUGGGUAACCCAAAUGUGCUACCCAUUCUUGGACACCCCCAGAAAGUUCCUCCGCCUGCCCCCAGCUCUAACAGUAAGCUGCAGCAGCAGCCUCAGCAACCAAAGCAGCAAGCUUUCUCCGAGGGCCAGCUGUUCUUCUCUAAUUCGCACAUGCAACAGGUCCAAUGUGCUCAAUCCGGUGGUUCUGCUCCCAUUGCUGCUCAAUACUAUCAAAAGCGCCAGUCUGAAUCACAAACACGACAGUCUCAACAGCAGCAGCAACAAAGCUCAACAUCAUCUUCCACUGGGAUGCUUUCCCUUUGUGCCCCCUCCGCACUUACACUGGCUGGUGUUUCCGCCACAUCUGAUCCUGCAAAGGCCAUGGCUGCGGCCAACAGCAUGAAGGGUCUGCCUCCACCUAGCUUUCUUAAUGCGACUCAGCUGGCUGCGGCUGCUCAGUCUGCCUCUGGCUCUCCUCGCCAUCCAAUGUCUGCUGCAUUCACUUAUAUGUCUAUGCCACCAUUUUCCAUGAAGCCAUCGACUGAUCACAAACCUGGAAGUGACAAUUUACAAGCCUGUUGGCAGCCUGAGAAGAGGUAAUGUUGGAUCGGACAAUGAUGCUCGGCCACACCAACUGCAUCAGAGGCCUCUUUGGAUAAGAUUCUGGAAUCAAACAAGAGGAUUCUCCUCCCUCUUUCCUGGCCCAUUGCCCUGUAGGUCUCUGUUCAAAGGUGUGCACAAUUUGAAUGUUCGAAUUGGAUAGGAAGGACAAUGAGAAAUGGGGGACAGCAGAAGGAAAGUGGUGGUGGGUAAGAACCAGCCAGCAUUUUGUUUUGUUCUCAAGUCCCCUGCAGUCUUGAGACGAGAGGGGCAGAGGGACUAAGCACAAAGCAGCAUAGGGAAGAAGAUGACUGUACAAAAAAUAUCCUCCUAUCUGGAUUUUGUAUAGUGCGGUCAAAUGCUAACCUCAAUUGUGUCCUGUUUCUUCUGUUUCAUUUAUAACUUAAAAAGUGAGAUGAUUACAUUGAGAUCAUCAUUACAUGCUAUUCCUCCAUGGUUUUACAUAUAAACAUCUGUUCUCCGAUGCUGUUAAGAUACUGAUUAUGCAGACUUGAGUGGUGUGUCAA